UCACGUCAGCAACAAUGCCAUGUCAGCAGUGCCACGAAAGCAGCAGUACCAACGACCGCAGUGCACCGAACCCAUGACGGUCUCAGUUCUUGGCAUGCCAGGCCAACUGGCCAAUGAGUCCAUUGUCGAGUACCGACAGCGGUUCCCAGCUCAGCUCGCACUGAUUGAGGCUGAGGAACAGUGUCAGGCGGCAGCCGAGGCUGCCCGCCUACAGGCUGAAGCGGCGGCAGCAGCUGAAAAGCAGCGACUUCAGGCCAAAGCUGACGCAGAUGCCCAGGUCCGCCGCAAGGAGGCCCAGGAUCUGCUACAGCGGCACGAAGCCGCCAACAUCGAAAAGCUCAAGUUCUGGCAUUUUGAACCAUCCGAGAACCACGAAGAUGCGACACCGGAAGAGCAGCACAAGGAGUUUCUCGCCAAACUCGUGACCCGGUUGGUUUGCACUUGUAACCACCUGCAGUUCGAGCUGGCAAAUCUCCGACGGGCAGUGCGGAACCACAAGGAUCUGCACGAGGAUGCUACAUGGGCACUUGAUUCCCGUGUACAGGACUUGGAGCAAGUUGCACCAGGACCAGAUGCUGGCGAGUCCAGCAGUGCACCCUCUACCCGCCAAUUGGAGGAACGAGUUUACCACGUAGUCGCAAUGCUCGGCGACAUUAGCACCUUCGCUGCACCAGCCACCAUCAGCAAGCAGCUGGACACCUUGAAGACCGAGGUUUUGCAACUGCACCAGCUGCCCAACAAGGAUGGCAACACCAUUGCGCAACACUACAAGAUGUCGACAUUCCACAUCGAAAAGUUAAUGAUUAUAUGCAUCAAGACCCGGUCCUCUAGUGGGAAGGCUUUACGGUGGAACUUUGGAUUCUGUUUGUCCCCGAGCACUCUACCAGCUCCGUUGAUGGACGUCGGAGUAGAGGUUGUCGACCUUCACGACUAUGUUGCAAAGAUCGACCACGAGUUCAAGACACAACAGUAUGACGACAUCGAUGCGCCAUUGUUGUACAUACACAUUGAGAUCGGAGAGGCGACCUGCAGCGCUUUGAUCGAUUGCGGAGCCAAGACUUUAUGUCCCGUGCACGGUGCCUCCACCUCAUCCUUCGAUCAACUUUCGCGUGGUAUCUGCCGCAAGCAUUCCAUCACCCGGGACGAUAUUGAGGAGAUUGGUGUGUGUUUUCUCCACGCCCUCCCUCCCCAGGACAUCUCAUCGACGGAUGCAUCGACGGAUCCACGCAUCACCGAGCUUCUCAACGCCUACGGCGACGUGUUCGAAGCCCCGCGCGGAGUAGUAUCGGAUCGACCCAUUCGCCACGAGAUCAUCCUCGAGGCCGGGGCCGUACCUCCGCGUGGUUGCAUCUACCGCAUGAGCGAGGAAAAGUUAAGUGUGCUACAGGCACAACUCGACGACCUUUUCGAGAAAGGCUGGAUUCGGCCUAGCUCCUCGCCAUACGGCCUAGCUCCUCGCCAUACGGCGCUCUCGUUCUCUUUGUCCGGUCGUUCUCGCAACUCGACGACCUUUUCGAGGUUGUGCAUCGAUUAUCGCAAGCUCAACGCGCAAGCCGUCAAGAACGCCGACCCUCUCCCACGCAUCGAUGACCUCCUCGAAUGUUUGGGAGGCGCCAAGUUCUUCUCCAAGCUUGAGCUCAAAUCAGGAUAUCACCAACUCGAUAUCCGGCAGGAGGACCGCUACAAGACCACGUUUAAGACACGGUAUAGCUGGUUAUGCCUUUUGGCCUUACGAAUGCCCCCGGCCACAUUCCAAGCGGCUAUGAGAACGGAGUUCCGACACAUGAUGGAUAGAUUCGUACGCAUCUACCUCGACGACAUCUUGGUGUACAACCGGAGUUUGGACGAGCAUGUGGAGCACCUGCGCACCAUUUUGGAGCGGCUACGAAAAGCCAAGUACAAAGCCAACCGCGACAAAUGCGAAUUUGCGUGGCAAGAGCUGGAGUACCACGACGUACCGGAAGACAUCGUCAGCGACCGCGACACUCGCUUCAUGUCGGCAUUUUGGACUUCUCUCAUGCAGGAAUCCGGCACGAAGAUGAAACCAAGAUCGGCUCGACAUCCACAAACGAACGGGCAAACGGAGCGGGCACAUCAAACCGCUCAAAUGAUGCUUCGUACGCUCAUCUGCGCGGAUCAGAAGGAUUGGUUUGACCGCCUCCACAACAUCGAGUUCGCCUACAACACUUCGUUGCAUCCGGCGAUCGGCGUGACUCCAUUCGUGUUGCACCACAGUGGUCGGAAAGGCCGUAUCUUCGCUGAUCUUUUCCUCCCACGAACAGCCGACAUAAACGUUGCUUGCUCCCCUGCUUCCGUCCGGAAGUACAGAGAAUUGUUGGCUCAAGCUCGCGCGAACUUGCAAAAGGCUCAAGUUCGCGUGCAGCACCAAGCCAGCAGGCGUCGCGUGCCAUGUCCCAUCCGCACCGGUGAUCUGGUUUGGGUCUCCGCGGAAGAGUUUGCCCUCGACCAGGAUGUUUCGCACAAACUACUCCCCAAGUGGUUUGGACCAUGGCUCGUAACAUCAGCCGCGGGCGAUGAGCCCGAUGGCCCCUCAUUUGUGAUCAACAUCCCCGCGCAUCUAACGGUCCAUCCAGUCUUUCACACCUCGAAGCUGACAACAUAUACACCAGCUAAGAGCGACGACUUCUCGGGCCGACAAUCGCAAGAUCCUUCAUCUAUGGAUGGCCAUCAGGAAGUUGACCGCGUCAUCACGGAUCGCAAGUACGACAGCAAGUGUCGACAGUACAAAGUUACCUUCAAAGCAUGUGAUCCCGACGACAAUCAAUGGAUUUCAAGGCUAAAUCACAUUCGAAUCAGCAAAAGUAUCCAGAAGAAUCCGGUCCAAGUGGGACACGUGGAAAAUCUGCAACUGCGCAGCAUCCAGGCCAUCGAUUUCCGAUUGAUCCCAGGAGGUCAGAGGCUGGUCAAUGACGCAGCUAUCAGCGACUACAAACAAGCAUGCCAAUUUCGUGGCAUCAGUGAAGUCAAAGAAAACGUCCUUGUUACGGUAUCAAGGGGCGGUUCAAGGGAGGUGAUCUCCAUAUGGGAGCUCGUUGUAGGGGACGUGGUUCAUUUGCGGUCAGGAGAUCAGGAGCCAGUUGGGUUACCCCACCGGCCAACCAAGCAUCACAUCGAGUUGUUGCCUGGAGCAGUCCCUCCAAAGGGCCACAUCUACAAGAUGUCCCCUGCUGAGCUUAGGGAGCUCAGAAACCAGCUUGAGACCCUGACCAGCAAAGGCUGGAUCAGACCUAGCACAUCUGAGUUUGGUGCACCUGUUUUCUUUGUCCCCAAAGGGAAUGGGGAAUUCCGAAUGUGCAGAGACUGCAGGGGUCUCAACAAGAUUACGAGGAAGAGUACAAAGCCUCUACCUCGUAUUGAUGACCUUCUGGAUAUGGUGCACGGUUGCACACUAUUCAGCAAAGUCGACCUCAAAUCUGGCUAUCACCAGAUUGCGAUGGCAGAGGAGGAUGUCCAUAAGACAACCUUCAAAACCAGAGUUGAUCGUGACGAAGUCCAUGAAGCUGCCGAUGAUGUCCAUGAUGAGAAGUUCGGAAUGCCGUCGAGGAAGAGUCGUAACGUCGAUGAGCUGAAAUGCCAGAACUGGAGUGGAUGGAGUAUUGAGAAGUCAAGGACAUGGGAAGAUAAGUCAGAUUCAAUUGUCGUAUCGAGCAGGACGACGACGAGUGUGCUGUGGACGCUCAGAAGCAUCCGGCUGCUGCUGAAGGAGCUCCUCAAGCUGACGCUCGAGUUCGGUGGCCUCGGGGAUCGAGAGUCUGUAGGGUGCCUGGUGGUGAACACGAUAGUCUGGCACAAGCUCGAUGGAGUGCUCGACGUCGCGCAUCGGUGGGAUGCUGGCGUAAAGCGAUGGGAAAACGUCGUGGUACUCUCGAAUGAGGUCACGAACUGCGGGCUCCAGGUCCGCUCCGGCCCGCUUGCGACUCCGGCUCCUGCUCCCGGCCUCCGAAGGGUUAACAGUUAUCUUCGUAGCCCUGGAAGGGGUGAGAGGAGUCUCGAGGUGACCGCAGUUAUCUUCGUAGCCCCGGAAGCUUGGGCAAAGAUUGUGGUACCCCUGGUCCUGGGACAAGGGGGUGGGCUGGAAGAAUUGUUACAGGGGGCGAGAGAGGUGCGAAGGGAGUGGAUAGGUAGGGUCAGAGAGCGUCUCCAGUUUGUGGCCUUAGAGAUGGUGAGAUUCGCAGGGAGGGGAGAGCUUCCGGGAGCGUGUUACCCGUUGACCUUGAAGGUAAAACCCGCCGCGGUCAGCCGGGAUAGAACGGGGGAGGCUACGAUAUCGGAGGAAGAGAUUGUCGAUAUCAUCCGGAAAAGAAAGGAGACUGAAGGGCAAAUAAUUACGGUCGAUCGGUUGGCCAAGAUGGAUAUAGGGGAUGGCAACCUCACAAGAGAAGAGAGGGAGUUCGUGGCCAUGACCCUGCGAGGCUGCGAUAAGGCCAUAGCGUUCGAUGACUCGGAGAGGGGGAGGAUCGACCCGAGGUACGCUAAGCCGGCCCGGAUACACACGAUCCCGCACGUACCUUGGAAGGAUAGGCCUCAGUGGAAAUAUGCUCAAAAGGAGGAGGAGGGGAUAGUGGCUUUUACCAAGGAAAAGAUCAGGACGUUCGUCGCGGAGCCUUGUGAGAGUGCUUACUCCAAUAAGUGGUUCUUUCUGAGAAAAGGGGGUAGCAACAAACUAAGAUGGAUACAGAACCUCCAAAGGACCAAUGCGGUUACUAUAAGGGAUGUGGGAUCCAUACCGGAAGUGGACCUACUUGCAGAAGGGUCGGCAGGUCGCUCGAUAUACUCAAUCUGCGAUCUUUUCUCGGGGUAUGACGAGAUCCCCUUAGACUAUCGGGAUAGGCACAUGACCGCCAUGCAUACGCCUCUAGGGCUGGUCCAAAUAAUGGUGGUGCCGAUGGGAUGGACGAAUGGCGUGGCGGUGUUCCAGAGGGCAAUGAUUGCGGUCCUCAAGGAGUUCAUACCGGAGAAGGUAGAGGUUUUCCUAGAUGAUUUCCCGAUAAAAGGGCCGGUCGAACGGGAUGAGACGGAGGUCUUUCCCGGGGUAAGAAAGUUCAUGGUGGACCACAUGAGCGAUGUCAGGGACGUCCUUGUGAAAUUGGACGAUGCUAACCUCACAGUGAGCGGGACCAAGAGCCGCUGGGGUGUGUCGUCCAUCAAGAUAUUGGGUUUUAUUUGCGACAAGGAUGGGCGGAGGCCCGAUCCCGAGAAAUUAGCAAAAUUGAUGACCUGGCCUUUGCCGCUCAAGUCCAUCACGAAAAUGCGAGGGCGGCUCGGACCCGAUCCAUCCCUUGGUCCUAUUGAAUCCGCCUUCGUCACUGCUGAGGGUAGCUGCGGGACGGUCUAUGACCUCGUCCGAUCGACGCCGUCUCCAUCACAGAGGAACGACAGAGUGCUCGUCUUCGUCCGAUCAGGGCUGCCUAGAGCGAUAGCCGCCCUCUUUGCGAAGCUCUACGGGCGCGUCUCGACGCCGCCUUCUGAUUCUUCACAAGACGGCACCCGCUCCGAGCUCCGAUCCUCAAAAGCGGUAAGUCAGCUGAGCUCGCCUGCUUCAAACGGAAAGGGCACCACGAGGAGGGACAAAGCCCUGAGGGAGGUCCUACUGAGGGACCUCGGGGGGAGAUGCGCUAGCAUGACCAGAGCGGCUGCGUGCCCCGGAGAGGGUGGAGAGGGCGAGCUGGAGGCGCUCGGCCAUAGGGAGAGUAAAGCCCUCCAGGUGGUAGUGGACGGCCUCGCAGAGGUCAAGGUCAUCGCUAUGGUCACCCUUAGGCGACAGCGGGGCAACAGCGUCCUGCUCACCAUACUCGAGCGCGUUGAAGCGACGCGAGAAGUGGCGGCGCUGCUGCGCGGAACGGCGGGGGCAACCGCAGAAAGGGGAACGGCGUUGGGAAGUGUCGUGAGAGGAGGGGGCGUAACCAGUACGCUGAGGCUGGGAGGAGGAAGUGUGUUGAAGACGGGACCGCAUUCGCUGAUGGGCCCUGGCGGCCACUGCCAUGUCAGCAGUGCCACGUCAGCAGUGCCAUGUCAGCAACAGUGCCACAUCAGUAGUACCACGUCAGCAACAGUGCCACGUGCCACAGUGCCAUGUCAGCAGUGCCCCGCCACCAUGACGGGCUCAGCUCUGGGCAUGCCAGGCCAACUGGCCAAUGAGUCCAUUGCCGAGUACCGACAGCGUUUUGAAGCUCAGCUCGCACUAAUCGAGGCUGAGGAACAGCGCCAGCUGGCAGCCGAGGCUGUCCGCCUACAGGCUGAAGCGGCGGCAACAGUUGAAAAGCAGCGACUUCAAGCCGAAGCUGAAGCAGAUACCCAGGCACGCCGCAAGGAGGCCCAGGAUUUGCUACAGCGGCAUUAAACCACCAGCAUAGAAAAGCUCAAGUUCUGGCACUUUGAACCAUCUGAGGGGCACGACGACGCGACAACGGAG